GGAGGUCCGAAGCAGGAUGGAGCUGUGAGCUGAGUUUGGUGGCUGCCGGCAGCGCCAUGGAGACGGUGCAGCUGAGGAACCCGCCGCGCCGGCAGCUGAAAAAGUUGGACGAAGAUAGUUUAACCAAACAACCAGAAGAAGUGUUUGAUGUUUUAGAGAAACUUGGAGAAGGGUCCUAUGGCAGUGUAUACAAAGCUAUUCAUAAAGAGACGGGUCAGAUUGUUGCUAUUAAACAAGUUCCAGUGGAAUCAGACCUGCAGGAGAUAAUCAAAGAAAUCUCUAUCAUGCAACAAUGUGACAGCCCUCAUGUAGUCAAAUAUUAUGGCAGUUAUUUUAAGAACACAGAUUUGUGGAUCGUUAUGGAGUACUGUGGGGCUGGUUCUGUAUCUGACAUCAUUCGAUUACGAAAUAAGACGGCAAUCUUCAUGAUUCCUACAAACCCUCCUCCCACAUUCCGCAAGCCAGAACUAUGGUCAGAUAACUUCAUGGAUUUUGUGAAGCAGUGUCUUGUAAAAAGCCCUGAGCAGAGAGCCACAGCCACUCAGCUCCUACAGCACCCAUUUGUAAAGAGUGCCAAAGGAGUGUCAAUAUUACGAGACUUAAUUAAUGAAGCCAUGGAUGUGAAACUGAAACGCCAGGAAGCCCAGCAGCGGGAAGUGGACCAGGAUGAUGAAGAAAACUCAGAGGAGGAUGAAAUGGAUUCUGGCACGAUGGUCCGAGCAGCAGGUGAUGAGAUGGGGACCGUCCGAGUAGCCAACACCAUGAGUGAUGGAGCCAAUACCAUGAUUGAGCACGAUGACACAUUGCCAUCACAGCUGGGCACCAUGGUGAUCAAUGCAGAGGAUGAGGAAGAGGAAGGGACUAUGAAAAGUAAGGCUCUGAUGAAACUUAAGAGUUGGACAGUGGAAGACCUUCAGAAGAGGCUCUUGGCCCUUGACCCCAUGAUGGAACAGGAAAUUGAAGAGAUCCGGCAGAAGUACCAGUCCAAGCGGCAGCCAAUCCUGGAUGCCAUUGAAGCUAAGAAGAGGCGACAACAAAACUUCUGAGGGAGGCUGGGCCCAGGCGGCUGACUGUAGAUCACAUGUCUCAUGUUUGUUAGCCAGCAUCUGCUCUGUCAUUUCUCCACAGCACCUUGGUGAACUCAGGAACAUGCGCCACUGGAGGGGCUACUUGUGUUAUCUUGAUGUAUUUCCACUGGCCAGAUUUACUAUUUCAGAAGAUUUGUAUGGGCGCUCUUAACUCAGAGUUUUAAAUCCCAGGAACAGAGACUCCUAGUUGAGUCUAGCUGGGAAAGUUUUACAUUAUCUUUUUGGAUUUCUUUUCCCAAUAGCUUUUGGUUGUUCUUUCUGAAGACUUUU